GCAGCACGCAGUGUCUGCAUAACAAAAAGCACAAAGGUCUAGACCCUUGCAGCUUUGAAACCUAUUUACUCCCUGGGAUCUUAUUCGGAUAGUACUGUAUACCUCUAUAACGAUCACUCCAUACAUCUUUUGCUAGACCAUCAUCAACAUGUCUUUCCUCGCCUCUGCCAACUACAGCCCUUGGGCUCUCCCCGCUAUGUGGCUGGUCUCCAUCAGCCCGCACUUCUUGGCCGUUGGUCUGUUUGACUCUUACCGAGCCAAGGGAACGCCCAAAUGGAACAACGCUUCUCCCCGUCAACAAUGGACGAACGACCAUUUCAAGUCGGCCAAGAUCUCAAAGUCGGCUCAGGACAUGAUUUUGAGGGCUGAGGGAGCGCAGUCGAACGGCUUCGAGAACCUCGCUUUCUUCGCCGCCGCUUUGCUCGCUGGAAACGUCGCCAAGUUGCCCGCUUCCACCCUGAACACCUUCGCUGCUUCGUACUUGUUGUCGAGGCUGGCUUACAACGCCGCCUACAUCCUCAUCACGGACGAUACGGCUUCCAAACUGAGGAGCAUUCUCUACCUGACUGGUGUCUUCUUGAACAGCAGCAUGUUCAUCAAGGCUUGCAACGUCCUUAGCAAGAGCGUUUUGUAGACAGUCCAGGCGUGAGACUAGCAUUGCCCUGCCUGAACAAGAACGAGUAACCAGCUUCUGGGGCUCGGAUUUAUCAUCAUGAUUAUAUU